AUGCCCAAGCUUUUGCUGUGCGGCGCCGUGCAAGGCCACUGGGAGCUGCUAUUCGAGCGUGCUCGUAAGCUGAAUGCUACUGCAAAGGACAAACCAUUCGAGGCGCUCGUGUGUGUGGGUCGUUGCUUCCCACUGCCUGUCGACUAUUUGACUGGAGGCUCAAAGCACACGCCGCUGCCCACGUAUUUUCUACCAGCGCAUGAGACGGCGCGUUCGUGGCAAGAAGACGCCAAACAAACAAAGGUUUUCGAUCAAUUGAACGCCGUGGAACAACUUUCGGGGCCUGUGGAGGUUGGCGAGGGCUUCUUCUGUCUGGCAGGCGCUGGAGUUGCAACUAUCGCAGGACUGAAGGUGGCGUAUGUGUCGGGCACGGAGACGCAGGGACAAGAGGAUGAGAAGGGGACGCUGCUGACGUACCCGAAGGAUUCGCUUAAUGCACUGACACAGAAGCUUCUUGCAAGUGGUGAUCAGGGAGACGUGGACUUCUUGUUCACGGCGGAAUAUCCUGCAAGUUUCCAGCUUUUGUUACCGGAGCAGCAACUUCCUCAUGGUUUGCAGGCGAUGCGUGGCAGUGCGCCAAUCAAGGAGCUGGUGCAACAAGUGCAUCCCAAAUAUCACAUCACGAGUCGCGGAGGGGACGGCACUCGCGGGGACGUUUUCUACCAGCGCUUGCCGUAUGUGAGCGAAGUGACUGGCACCGGACGGAAGCAAGUCACGCGUCUCAUCGGUCUCAGCGGUGUGAAUAAAGUCAAGGACAAGACGCGCAAGUAUCUGCACGCCCUGCAGGUCGUGCCGCACGACACAGAACCCAUAUCUCACGCUAUGCUGGACGAAGCCACCCGGACAGGAGAACCCGACGCAAAGCGACGGAAAGUCGACCCCGCUGCGACUGGGGGCCUCUCUGUCGAGCAGAUCGAGCAGCUCACAGCGAAAAGCCGAGGCGACGCGCAGUUCUUCUACGACCAGAGACUGGCAGCUAAAGGCCAACGCAAAGGCGGCUUACUCCCAGGUCAGAAUAACCAGCAACGAAGGAAUACUCGCCCGCCGGUGGAGGAUCGUACCGAGUGCUGGUUCUGUCUGUCAACGCCGACACUGGAGCGUCAUUUGAUCGUGAGUAUCGGUCAGGAGGCGUAUCUAGCGAUGCCUAAAGGUGCAAUCUGCGGAGACCACGUGCUCAUUGUGCCGAUUGCACACGAGGAGUCCACUCUUAAGCUCAGUGACGAUACGUGGCGAGAGAUGGAGCGCUUCAAAGCGGCAUUGCGACGUUAUUUCGCUUCGCAAGACAAGGAGAUGCUGGUAAUCGACCGCAACGUGGCCACACUGGGCGCCACGCACUGCCACCUGCAGGUCGUGGGCGUGCCGAAGCACAAGGCUGGCGCUGCUCGCCGCGUCUUUGAGACGGAGGGCGAAAGAUAUCACGUCAAAUUUCACGAGUUGCUACAAGAUACCGACGAGAAGACAGACGCUGCAGCGUCGACGGGGCCAUUGGAGCUGCUGCGUCGACAGACUGACGGUAAGCCGUUCUUGUACGCAGAGUUGUCUGAUGGCAAUGGAGGCUCGACACAGCUACUGCAUCACGUUGAAGGCAAACACUACGUCCAGUUUGGUCGUCACGCGGCGGCGUGUUUGCUGGAGAUGCCGCGACGCGCCAACUGGAAGUUCUGUGUGAGCCAAUGGAAAGCGUACGACUUCACACUCGAAGAGGAGGAGGAAAAGUGA